AUGGGGACCACGAAGGUCACCACACCUCUGAUCUUCGCCAUCUCAGUUGCUACCAUAGGCUCUUUCCAGUUUGGCUACAACACUGGAGUCAUCAAUGCUCCUGAGGCGAUCAUAAAAGACUUUCUCAAUUACACUUUGGAAGAACGGUCAGAAACACCCCCAUCCAGCGUGCUCCUCACAUCCCUGUGGUCCUUGUCUGUGGCCAUCUUCUCCGUGGGUGGUAUGAUUGGUUCCUUCUCCGUCGGACUCUUUGUCAACCGAUUUGGCAGGCGCAACUCAAUGCUUAUUGUCAACCUGUUGGCCAUAGCUGGCGGCUGCCUUAUGGGAUUCUGCAAAAUAGCAGAGUCAGUUGAAAUGCUGAUUUUGGGCCGACUGAUUAUCGGCCUCUUCUGCGGACUCUGCACAGGAUUCGUGCCCAUGUACAUUGGAGAGAUCUCCCCUACUGCCCUGCGGGGCGCCUUUGGUACUCUAAACCAGCUGGGCAUCGUUAUCGGAAUUCUGGUGGCCCAGAUCUUUGGUCUAAAAGUCAUCUUGGGGACUGAAGAUCUGUGGCCUCUGCUGCUGGGCUUCACCAUCUUACCAGCCAUCAUCCAGUGCGCUGCCCUUCCAUUUUGCCCUGAAAGUCCUAGAUUCUUGCUCAUUAACAGAAAGGAGGAGGAGAAGGCAAAGGAGAUCCUUCAGAGACUCUGGGGCACCGAGGACGUGGCUCAGGACAUCCAGGAGAUGAAGGACGAGAGUAUGCGGAUGUCGCAGGAGAAGCAAGUCACAGUGCUAGAGCUCUUCCGUGCCCCCAACUACCGGCAGCCCAUCAUCAUCUCCAUCAUGCUCCAGCUCUCCCAGCAGCUCUCUGGGAUCAACGCGGUGUUCUACUACUCGACAGGAAUCUUCAAAGAUGCGGGUGUCCAGGAGCCGGUCUACGCCACUAUCGGCGCAGGUGUGGUCAACACCAUCUUCACCGUGGUGUCUGUGUUCUUGGUGGAAAGGGCUGGGAGGAGGACUCUACACCUGAUUGGCCUUGGAGGGAUGGCUUUUUGUUCCAUCCUCAUGACGAUUUCUUUGUUACUAAAGGAUAAUUACAGCUGGAUGAGCUUUAUCUGUAUUGGGGCCAUCCUGGUCUUUGUGGCCUUCUUUGAAAUUGGCCCAGGCCCCAUUCCCUGGUUUAUUGUGGCUGAACUCUUUGGCCAGGGACCCCGCCCAGCUGCCAUGGCAGUGGCCGGUUGUUCCAACUGGACCUCCAACUUUUUGGUUGGACUGCUCUUCCCCUCGGCCACGUUCUACUUAGGUGCCUACGUUUUCAUCGUCUUCACUGUCUUCCUCGUUAUCUUCUGGGUCUUCACCUUCUUCAAAGUUCCUGAGACCCGUGGCAGGACUUUUGAGGAAAUUACACGAGCCUUUGAAGGGCAGGUGCAGACAGGAACCCGCGGUGAGAAAGGCCCCAUCAUGGAGAUGAACAGCAUCCCGCCCACGAAGGACACCAACGCCUAA